UCUUACAACACGAAAUUAUUCUGGUGAUGUAUCUUUCUACACAUCGUCCUUUUAAACAUAAUCAUGGAGGGGCGUGUGAUCACUUUAGUGUGUUUGGCGUUCGUCUUUGACUUUGGUCUCAGCAUGGAGUUCCCUGGUCUCAGUGAGCCAAUGCCUAUGGACGGCGAUGGGCCGAGAUGCGUUAUUCCAAAAGUUGAGCUCAAGGCGCUCAAACCAGGGAUACACACUCAUCGAUCAUCGACCAGUCGGUCUCAGAGCAGCACCUUCCAACAAAUGAAGUUUGAAGUAUGGUACGACGAGUCAGUCACGAAUUCAUCGAUAAGCGACUUCAUCAUAAAUAUAACCCGAGAGACAGUGGACUUGAUAUCUCGACAACUCCAAGUGAAGGAAGAAUCGCAGGACUUUAUUUUCGACAGGCAGUGUCAAACUGGUUCGUAUGUGGAUAAUGGAACAGUGGUCAAUUGUACAUGUGCCGACUAUGUGGCGGAUUGUGGUACAGCUACGCUGCCCGAACACCAUCUACAACCGUGCUCCACAUGCAAGCGGUAUGAGAACGGGACAGAGUACGACUGCGUGCCCGAACCAGGAGGACCCGCCGAGAGAGGCGUGAGCGACGUUCAUUACGUUCUCUACGUCACCUCCGUUGCCGGUGGUCCCUGCCAGGGAGACACCAUCGGCUUUGCUAGUGCGUGCUUUAUUUACCCGACACUGAAUAGGCCUAUUGCAGGGUUCAUCAACAUUUGUCCAGAUGCCACAACAACAGAUCUCCCAGUGUUAGUACAACAUGAAAUCUACCAUGCACUAGGUAUCUCACCAGGCUUGUAUGCUCUUUUCCGGGAUCAAAAUGGGGACCCCUUGACCCCCCUUGGGGACGAUGGCUUCCCCACUGAAUUUAGCAGUGUGGGAUACCUUCAAUGGAGUGACCGUGUAGCUCGAACCCAAACCCUAGAUUGGGAUAUCCGUGGGGGUCAAAUAGAACGAAACGUGACGAUCAUGGUAACACCUAACCUUGUGAAAGAAGCUCGUGAAUACUACGGAUGUGAUACCAUUGAGGGAGUCGAACUGGAGGACGAUUAUGGAAGGUUUUCAUCUGGAAGUGCUCUCAGUCAUUUUGAGUCCCGAUUGAUGCCGACCGAGUCAAUGGGGCCGUAUGUCACUAAUGGGCGAAAAUUCUCUCGUUUCACUUUGGCAUUCCUCGAAGAUACCGGAUGGUAUAAGGCGAACUAUGACCUCGCUGACCCAUUCACUUGGGGUCGUGACCUCGGGUGUGGCUUUGUCAACAAGAGUUGUAAAUGGUGGAUGGACACUCAGAGAAACAGAGGGUUGUCUCUAAGCCCGUACUGCGAGAAACCCCGUGAACUGCUCUGUGACGUGGAAGGCAAUGCUGCCUUCUGUUCUAACAUAAAGCACGAUGAACCACUGCCGGAUCAAUAUCAGUAUUUUGAUUCUCUUCCUGGCUUCAACGAGACGGAUAUAUCUAGUGUUGGUGGUGUGUCUAUGUUCCAUGAUCAUUGCCCAACAAUUUUCCCUCGGAGUAGACUACAAACCAAUGAUUACAGGCGACAAACAUGUGACAAAGAAAUCAACGAAUGUGACAAUGACCCUUGCAACAAUGGAGCGACUUGCUCGGACAUAAUAACGGGCUAUUUCUGUACAUGCACCGCAGAAUAUGCAGGGCGCCACUGCGAUUACGGUAAAACCAUUUGUUCCACAUCAGACCAAUGUGCAAAGAAUGAGGUUUGCAAAGAUGGGCUGUGCAGCUGUGGACACGGUCGGAUCAGAACAGAAGAAGGUUGUCAAAUUCCGAGACGAUUCAAAAUGUGGUUUCAAAUUACAGAGGUCAACGGUUCACUUGCAAUAUACCCUGACACUUUCAAAUCAAGUGAUGAAAUAAUCAGAGGAGAACUAGAGUAUGCGAUUUUUCACCGGUUAUCAAGAUGGGAGAUCUUCGUUGACUCCGUAUUCAGUGUCGAAAUCAAGUCCUUCAAUGGAAGUCUCGGAGUAGAGAUAGACAUCGUUCUCGAUGCAGGCACUACACCGGAUGACGUCAUGAUUUAUGAUCUUAUGACGGAUGAUGUCUAUUUCGCCGCCAAAGAUCUGUCGUCUGGAUACACAUCUUACACCGUGAAUGUUAGCUCUAUCGUUGUUCAAGAUUUGGAUGAAUGCGAUGAAAUGGAAUACUCCGCUUGCUCUGUCUAUUCUACUUGCAACAACACGAUUGGUUCCUACCAGUGCUCCUGUUUGCCUGGCUUUGGAGAUCAGGGGGAUCCGACAGAUGGGCAAGGAACGGUCUGUAGUGAUAUCGACGAAUGCAUUAAUUCAUCCUUAAAUGAAUGCUCUCUGUUCGCUCGAUGCACGAACACAGUCGGUGGAUAUAACUGUGUUUGUCUCUCGGGAUAUGUAGACUCUACUGGGAGCUCUGGAAGAUUAUGUGCAGAUAUCAACGAGUGCAUCUCACAACCAUGCUCCAAUGGCGGUACAUGCAGGAACUUGAAAGACAGAUUUAUAUGUGAGUGUGCUCCAGGCUAUGAAGGACAGAACUGUGAAAUAGACCAGAAUGAAUGCAUCUCCGCUGAGCUGAAUGACUGCUCCCCAGUGGCGGCUUGCACCAACGAGCCUGGAACUUUCUCCUGCGCUUGUCCUCCGGAGUACACAGAUAUCUCACCUACUGGUGCGGGCCCAGGAAGGGUGUGUGAGAAUGGUUCCAUGACCUUCAUCGUCAUUAUCUCAAUCGUCGUUGGUGUCAUGUUCGUCCUCUUCGUCGCAUUGCUCUUAUUAUCCCAAGCGAGGAAGGCCAAAUUCUAGAUCGUGCCUGUGGUCGAAAUCCUGAUUGAGUGGUUCGUCGAACACGUACACCGCGUUCGAAACAGUUCCUAUUCUAUCUCUAUGAUUAUGGUUUUGCCGUCUGUUUAAGCUCAUGAAUGAAAUAUCAAGUUAGAUAAUUUGCAUAUGAACACAAUUCAUGUUUUACGUUAUUAGUUUGUAUAUUGUAAGAUAUUGUUCAGUAUUCUUGUUUUUAAAGUAUCGAUUGUACUAGUAAAUUCAUUAUUUUUUUAUUUUUUUUAACGUUUUCUAAACUGAUUUGUACCACAAGACUUUGUUUAGCUUUUUAAGAGGUUAGGCUCGACUAGCACAUGUGCUAUAUCUGGCCCCUUUUCCAACCAAUAGUUUCUUUUCUUGUACACUGUCGCUGAUAUAGUUGAAAUAUUUUUGAUUUACUCCAAUUUAUGGAAUUAUUGUAAAAACAAUUUAAAAAUAAUAGA